AGUCAGUCGUCAAGCGUCAGAGAAGAGUCCUCUCCUCUCUCUGCUGUUUGUCUCUCUCUCUCUCUUGGUUUAACUGAAACUAUGCAAUCUGGCGGCGAUUACACCAACGGUUUCCACGGCGGGCUUCAACGGGACGAGAAGCAAGUCCCCGUUCUCAGCUCUCUUGGCCGAGCCAAGAGGCGCAGUCGCGGCGGAGCUCGUGACCCUAGAGGCGGUCUCACCAAUGGUGAGCUUAGGGUUUCCGACCAGAUUAGCGAGCAGAAGCCACUGGAGAGCCAGGAAUCUCCUCCGCCUUGUACCGACUUCGAUGUCGCCUAUUUUCAUUCCUAUGCUCACGUUGGGAUUCACGAAGAGAUGAUCAAGGAUCGGGCGAGGACGGAAACGUAUAGAGAAGCUAUAAUGCAGCAUCAGAGCUUAAUCCAAGGAAAGGUUGUGGUGGACGUUGGCUGUGGAACAGGCAUCCUUUCAAUCUUCUGUGCCCAAGCGGGUGCUAAACGGGUAUAUGCUGUAGAUGCAAGUGAUAUUGCAGUCCAGGCAAAUGAAGUUGUAAAAGCCAACGGUUUAUCUGACAAGGUUAUUGUUUUGCAUGGGAGAGUGGAGGAUGUUGAAAUCGACGAGGAGGUUGAUGUUAUAAUUUCAGAGUGGAUGGGUUACAUGCUCUUGUAUGAGAGCAUGCUGGGAAGUGUUAUUACAGCUAGAGAUCGCUGGUUGAAGCCUGGAGGUUUAAUUCUCCCAUCACAUGCCACUUUGUACAUGGCACCUAUUUCACACCCUGACAGAUACAGUCACAGCAUUGAUUUUUGGCGCAACGUUUAUGGAAUUGAUAUGUCUGCAAUGAUGCAACUAGCAAAACAGUGUGCAUUUGAAGAACCUAGCGUGGAGUCCAUAUCAGGCGAAACCGUUCUAACAUGGCCCGAAGUGGUUAAACAUAUAGACUGUCAAACAAUAAAAAUCCAAGAGCUAGACUCUGUUACUGCAAGAUACAAAUUCAAGUCAAUGAUGAGAGCACCAAUGCAUGGUUUUGCAUUUUGGUUUGACGUUGAGUUCAGUGAACCUGCCAAGAAUACUAAUGCAACAAGCGUUGCUAAUAGGUCCUCAUCAAUAAGUCCUUUUACCGAAGGAAAUCAGAAGAAGCGGAGUAAUCCGAAUGAUGCACUCGUGCUGUCCACCUCUCCUGAGGCUCCUCCGACGCAUUGGCAGCAAACGAUUGUAUAUUUCUAUGAUCCAAUAGACGUAGAGCAAGACCAAGUCAUUGAAGGUUCCGUUACUCUUUCUCAAAGUAAAGAGAAUCGGAGGUUCAUGAACAUCCACCUCGAAUAUACCUCGGCCGGCCGUUCCUUUGUGAAGGAGUCGGUAAUGCGUUAAGAAGGCGAGAGAUCUCUGACAAUAUCUCCUUAAUCUAGAAGCUCUGUAAGGUUGAGUCUCUUUUGCCAAAGCAAUCAUUAGUUCAUAACUGAAACCCGAAGACAUAGGCAAAGACAAGCUAUUGUUAGUCUGCGAAUUCAUAUGUUCUUGUAAGAAUAUUAAGUUUUAGAUCAGAUGGAAGCAACUAUAGGACAUUGUUCUUGAAGCCAUUUAGCUUCUUUACUAGUUACUCAACAUAGCAUACUUCUCUAUGACUGCUUUUAUUGAUCAUGCAUUUUAUUUUUUGUACUUUUGUGUAACUAAUACAUUAAGGUCGGCAUAGUCAAAUUUAUGUGUUUAAAA